GCUAUCUGGCUUUGUCCCGCUUCGCGAAGCUACAAGCGAAGGUGCCAAGCAGGGCUGCGCUGGCAUUGAGCGCCGGGGCCUUCGGAGCCGGUGCUCUCACCGCCAAAAGCUGGGUGCAACCCGUCGGGUGCGAGGGGUCGAAUUGGGACGAGAUUCGAAAAGAGAUCGUCAAGAUUCUCGAUGAUGACACGUACAAGGAGACUUGCCUGCAAUACAGUCUUCCACACGAGACGAAACUCAAUCCCUCAUGGUCAAGCAAGGGGUGCCCAGGCACUUGGGCAAAGUAUUUUUCCUGA